CUUGAAUUCAAGCUCUAGCUUGUUGUUCAUUAGCCUUCUACAAUAGCCAAAUCCAUUACUAGAGAAGUUUCCCUAAUCAACUAAACAAACGCCACGCAAGAUUUGGGUCUCUUUUAGCAAUAAGAAUCUCCAAAGCCCUAACUUGCUCAUACUCAUUUACCAAACAAGUUUUAUAGAAAGUUCUAGCGAGAUGUUUAUAUAUCUAUCUACAGAGGCUUCAUUUUUUCAAGAAAGAUUGUGACCAUCAAAACACACACAUAUAAAAAGAGCAAGCAUUUACUUGAAUUGCUGCUCGAUUUUGUAAACAUCAGGGGCUAGUUCUCGACAAACCUCACACCAAUCUGCAUAGAAGAACUCAACUACUGUUCGACAAAGCCUAACCAAAAAAGGAAAACAUUAAUCAUUUCGUAUAAAGCUCAACCUAACCAAGAUAAAGAGUCCAACCUAACCAAAAUCAAGCCUUGUCUAUAGAAACAAGGCCAUUUACAGAAGCAGCAGCGACUCUUCUAUUUACAUCCUUGUUUGGAGACUCGGGAAACAAGGCAGCAGGUGAAAUUUCACUAGCCGAGCCAUUAUCCUGAAGCAAGGGGAAAAAAACGAUUGCUUUUAGCUAAAUUCACCAUCAACCUAUAUAACAAAAUCGAAACUUGAGCACGAACUCGAGAAGCUCGGUUGAUAAUUUCGAUUGAUUGAUGGAAGGCUUAACGAAAACACUAAGCGAGCUGCCAUCGUUCACUAGACAGAGAUGAAGAACACCCACACAAAAGGUUUCAACGUCGAUGAUUAUCAGAAUACAGGAAGGGAUCAGAGAUUAGCAAACAUACAUUUUAAUCUAUUUAUUUAUUUAAAUUUUUUAUUUUUUUUAUUAACAUACUAUCAAUCGAGUCGAAUUAAGGGUUUCAUUCCAAUGAUGAAACGCAAGGAACAUGAGAAGGGCAGCUUGGAGCCGAUCCCUCUUGAUCUGAAGAAGAUGGAUACAGUGACGACUAGAUCGCCUGCAAAGAGGGUGGUGACCCAUCACCAAAAAGAAGUCUACGAGUCAAGGGACAAGAAGCUACAUGUCCUCCUCCCUUACGAUAUGGAGGUGGAGACACUGACUAGAUUGCCUGGAAAGUCGCUUAUGAAGUUCCUAUGCGUGUGCAAGACUUGGUAUUCCCUUAUCCGAAGCCAAAGAUUCGUGGCUUCAUACUACGCUGCGAAGCCAUCCCGUUUUAUAGUCGCUUUCACCAACAAUGCAGGUGGUGAUGAUCCCAAGCGUUUGUUCAUCUUGUCGGGAGAGGAGGAAACUUCUUCUUCUUUGGUUGCCAAUCUAGACAUGACAAUACCCUCAGUGACCUUGCCUCACGGCGCCUACAAGUAUUUUUCCGUCCAUGGCUUUAUCGCUUGUUUUGAGAUGUCAAAUUUCAUUAUAUGUAACCCUAGCACGGGGCAAGUCCUUACCUUUCACUGCAAGGCACCGGCCACAUCCUUGGGAUACGAUCCUGUUGAUGAUCAAUUCAAAGCAUUGACCCAUGUGACAUCUAACUAUGAUCAUAACCCUAGUGUCAUGGUGCACGAGGUUAUAACACUUGGACGAGGAGGAGUAGUAUCUCGUACCCAACUUACCUCCCCGCCUUAUUACCGUGUAACUAGGGGACGAUGCAUCAAUGGUUUCAUGUAUUAUGGUGCUUAUGCUCCAUGGGAAAGUAAGACUCCUGUGUUUGUGUGUUUUGAUGUUAGAAACGAGAGGAUACUAAGUUUUAUCACAACGCCUCCGGAGGUCCUGGUUUGGCGGGCUUUUACAUCAUUGAUAGAAUACAAAGGGAAGCCAGCUGUCGUUGUACCAAACUGUUUGGGAGUAGGUGGUUCUUUCGACCGUUUUAAUCUUUGGAUACUGGAGGAUGUGACCAAACAUGAGUGGUCCAAACAAACAUUUGAGCUUCCCUUGUCUUUUCCCUUCACUCUUGGGAUGGGUCAGCGUAUGAUCUCCCAAGGAACCAACAAGGCUGGUGAAAUCAUUUUCUCCCCAACAACUCUGCCAGGCCGUGCCAAGCCCUUCUAUGUUUUCUACUUCAACCCAGACACGAAGAGCACGAGAAGAGUCAGGAUCCACGGAGUCGCUGAUACUGAAGAGUUCUGGAGCCGUUAUGGACUCACAAGCAUAUGCUGCGUCUCUUUCUCACCCCAACACAAUGAUAGUAUUGCUUUUUUAUAAAAAUGUGUUUGAGCUUGCUUGAUAAACAAAACAAAACUAAACUCUGGGGAUUUUUUCUUUUUAUCAAAUAAUUAUGCACCAAACUUGUUUUUGUUAUCUUUAGCGACUCGCAUUUGUUUCUUUUUCCUUCUUUAUUUUGUGUUUAUUCUAGUUUCACAACUCUUUUACUUAUAUUUGUAUAUACUUGUGUAUUGUGUAAUAUAUGCACUAGAUCUCUUUUGUAUAUACUUGUGUAUUGUGUAAUAUAUGCACUAGAUCUCUUUCAACU